CAAUGCUGAACUUCCUUACCUGGCACAGCGGCCAGGCCCUUGUAACGUCCAAGCAUAUAACAAGACGUAAAACGUGUUCUGGCCAUAACCUAGUGGGGAUCUGGCAAGAGAUGCAUAUAAGUUUUGUUUAUCUAUAAAACGCACAACUGAUAAUCGUAUCAAAAUUCCUCCGAAAAAACAGCACGUUGCAGGGUUUAUUCUUUAAAGGCGAGAAAAAAGCAAGCUUGGGAGCGGGAAAAGUACAGAGAGGGAGACCUUACUGAACAGUGUAGUCGUUUGUCUUGCACGACUCUGUUUAAUGAUAAAUAUGAACACGAUUUGGUUGGUGAGCUUUUCUAUUAUCAUAGUCUCCAGAGUAAACCCAGUGCCGUUGAAUUUACUCAGAGAUGGAGCUGGACAUGUUCUCAGCGAGGACGACGACGCAAUAGAUCUGUGGGAGGGACAGACUUAUCCAAAAGUUCGGAGGGACCGAAAUAAGGCGACAGAGUUCAAGUACAUGCCUAAAAUAGUCACUAUUUAUACCGGCUUUGACAAACUUGCGGCUCCACCACGCUGUACGCACGAGUAUUCCAAGGAAACUCAUCGACGGAAAAGAUAUGUGCUCCAAGGAAAAAGGUGGAAGAAACAUGACCUGACGUACAUCGUACGAGAUUAUACCAAUGAUCUUACAAAAAAAGAUGUGGAUAAAACGAUUAUGAGAGCUCUUCAGUUUUGGGCAGAUGUGACCCCUUUAAGGUUUCACCAGGUAUACAAACUGCCCGCAGAUUUAGAAAUCCGCUUCUUGUCAGGAAAACACGGUGAUGAACACCCGUUUGAUGGUGAGGGGGUCAUACUGGCCCAUGCUUUCCCACCUGAGUCCAGCAAGCAAGGGAAGGUUCAUUUUGAUGAAGACGAAACGUGGACUCUUGAUACACACAAAGGGAGGAAUUUACUGUACGUAGCGGUGCAUGAAUUUGGACACAGUCUAGGGCUCUCCCACUCCGAGGUUGAAGACGCGAUCAUGUUUCCCUUCACGCCGAAAUACAAAGACAACCUCAAACUUCACGAGGACGAUAUAGCAGGAAUACAGAAGGUGUAUGGAGCUCCUGGUAGUGAAGCAGGAUUGCUGUCGCAAAGGAAAAACUAUUGCUCCGGGAAGAGAAUAGAUGCCGCCACUGUCGCUGUGGACGGAAGAACCUACCUGUUUAGUGGAAAAACGGUGUUUAUACUGAAGUCAGACGGGUAUUCAGUAGCCGAAGAGUUUCCGCAGCCAAUAUGGACAGCUUUUCCUGGUGGUCCCCAUUCAGUGGACGCUGCAUUAACUUACUUUAAUAGAAAGGUUACAUAUCUUUUCAAGGGUAAUGAAUACUGGCGAUAUAGUGUAGAUCCCAAUGGUAAUCUCAAAGCGGACGCCGGCUAUCCGAUCACAAUUAAGCGCGGAUGGGGAAUGGACAUCUCAGACGUUGACGCAGUUUUUAUAUGGGGGAAUAAGCUGUAUUUUACAAAAGACGAGUACUACUAUGUUCACGACGGCUAUAGCCCUCUUCCCGGAUACCCCCAGCAUUUCAGUUCCCACAAAGCACUGCGGCAUCUCACACAACUUGACGCGGCAGUAAAGUGGACGAACAGAAGGCAUUACUUCUUCUCUGGCGCCAUCUAUUAUCGCUGGAAACAUUCCAGUGGACACGGGUACAUGACAGGCCCCCUGGACACUGCCAAGAAUUGGCUGGGCUGUGAGACGUGAAGGCCCAGUCUGAUCAUUAGACUUUUCUACUUUCUGCCUUUGUUUGAUAUUAUUAUU